ACAGAGAAAUACCAAUUAGCUUGGUUGUCUGGACUGGAUACUUUAUUUUCUGCUUCAGUUUGGAAAACAUUUACUGGCAAACAUUCUAUGAAAAAUUAGAUCACACACACACUUCUUGGAGUCUUUGCACAGUUUCUGUGAUGUAAAAAGUUGGUACUUGGCAUGUUAGUGACCUCACUUAAACCACUAUGAUUACAGAUGUUCAGUCAUAUUCAUGGUCCUACAGUACCUGUAUGUUUGUUUCAUACACAAAACACAGUGGAGAUACACCAAGCUGUGGCUCUGACAGGGUUAAACUCUCACAGGCUGCAGCCGCUGGAGGAACUGAGUGAAGUCAGCCCCUGCAGGAUCCCAUCACAGUCACACAGAAGCCGGCCAGCAGCCAACAGCACGUUUCACUCUCACACCGAGAGCAGGGGGGGAAGAGGAGAGGAUACUCUCCUGUGUCUACUUGUUGAUAUUUACCUGUAUCAGGAGCUCUCAGGACAGCUGGGACAUGGUGAUGUCUGCGUGAAACAAGUGUGUUUUCCAACAUGCCGCUACGUGGCUCAUGAUGCCUCCCUCAGCUCCAAGCAGAGAGCCGGAGAUCUGGACGGGGAACGCAAGUUUGAAUCCUGAGAUUACUCCUGAAAUGUUGCUGCUGGACGUUCAUGAGACAUACCGGGAUAUGCAGGAGACACCUCGGGUAAGAAACAAGGAGGGACCCUGAUGCAGUCUUCUCCAGGACCAUGUCUUCUUAAUCCACCAGACUGUAUCUUCCAGUCUUUUUAAGAGUCCAAGGGAUCUGAAAGAUGAACAAAUCAGGAUCUACACCUGGCUCCUUGCAGUCACCAGACACCAUGGACAUCAUCCACAGCAAGACAAACACCCGCCGGGUGAGACUCAACGUCGGCGGCCUCCUCCAUGAGGUCCUUUGGAGGACUCUGGACCGGCUGCCCCGCACCAGACUGGGCAAGCUGAGAGACUGCAACACCCACGACUCCAUCAUGGAGAUCUGCGACGACUACAGCCUGGAUAGCAAUGAGUACUUCUUCGACAGACAUCCUGGCGCCUUCACCUCUAUUCUCAACUUCUACCGCACGGGGAAGCUGCACAUGAUGGAGGAAAUGUGCGCCCUGUCGUUCAGCCAGGAGCUCGACUUCUGGGGCAUCGACGAAAUCUACCUGGAGUCGUGCUGCCAGGCCAGGUAUCACCAGAAGAAGGAGCAGAUGAACGAGGAGCUGAAAAGAGAGGCCGAGAACAUGAGGGAGAGGGAUGGAGAGGAGUUUACAACCACAUGUUGUUCUGAGAAGAGGAUGAAGCUGUGGGAUCUCCUGGAGAAGCCAAGCUCUUCAUUUGCUGCUAAGAUCCUGGCAAUCAUCUCCAUCCUCUUCAUCGUGUUGUCCACCAUCGCCUUGUCUCUGAACACCCUUCCAGAGCUGCAGGACACAGAUGAGUUUGGCCAAACAACAGACAACCCACAACUGGCUCAUGUGGAAGCUGUAUGCAUCGCUUGGUUUACCAUGGAGUACCUGCUGCGCUUCCUAUCCUCCCCUAACAAGUGGAAGUUUUUUAAGGGUCCUCUGAAUAUAAUCGAUCUGCUGGCUAUUCUCCCCUACUAUGUCACCAUCUUUCUGACAGAAUCAAACAAGAGUGUGCUGCAGUUUCAGAACGUCCGACGAGUAGUCCAGAUCUUCAGGAUCAUGCGGAUCUUGCGUAUAUUAAAGCUGGCCCGUCACUCCACAGGUCUUCAGUCUCUGGGAUUCACUCUUAGGAGGAGUUACAAUGAGCUAGGCCUGCUGAUCCUUUUCUUGGCCAUGGGCAUAAUGAUAUUUUCCAGUCUUGUGUUCUUUGCAGAAAAGGACGAAGAGGACACCAAGUUCAAAAGUAUCCCAGCUUCAUUCUGGUGGGCAACCAUUACAAUGACAACAGUAGGUUAUGGAGAUAUCUACCCAAAAACUCUUCUAGGAAAGAUAGUUGGAGGAUUGUGCUGCAUAGCUGGAGUUCUGGUGAUAGCCCUGCCUAUCCCCAUCAUCGUGAAUAACUUCUCUGAGUUCUACAAAGAACAAAAAAGGCAGGAGAAAGCCAUUAAAAGAAGGGAAGCUCUGGAGAGAGCUAAACGGAAUGGUAGCAUUGUCUCUAUGAACAUUAAAGAUGCAUUUGGCAACAGUAUAGAGCUCCUGGAUGUAAUGGUGGAAAAUACAAUUGAAAAGAACGAUAAAGUGCAUGGUAACCAUGUGUCUCCUGCUCAGCCCAAAGGGACAUCCAAACUCAAGUUACAGAUGAGCCCCAGCAGUCCCAUCAAAACCAUCGAACCAAGCUACCAAGAGCAAGCCAAGCCCUCAAGCAGCCCACAGCAUCUCAGUGCACAGAAACUGGAGGAGGCGUACAACAAGAUGGCCAAGACCCAGUCUCAACCCGACCCCAACAACAAGGACAAAGGGUCACAGUCCAAAGCAACGAGGCGGAGAACGGAAAUUGAGAUGGGAAGCAUCCCUGCCGAAGCCCACCUCAAUCCAGCAGAGGUAGUUUCAGACAUGAGGAGCAUGUCUAGCAUUGACAGCUUCAUCAGCUGUGCCACCGACUUUCCUGAGAGCUCACGCUACUCCCAGAGCCCCGUCAGCAACAUACCCGGGAAGGUCAGCACCAACCCGAGCCUGGAACCCACCUUGGAGAACGAACACGAAGGAUCCCAGGGUAACAGUAUACCCCUGACAGGACACAGCAACAAAUCCAGUCCCUACCCUGACAGCCCCAGGGGUCUGCACUUCAGAAACCCUGUCAAAAGCCGCCCACUCAAAGUCAACUUCAGAGCAAGAGAGGAUUCAGGAACAGGGGUGCUCUCAGACAGCUCGUCAGUCCAAAGCCCAGAGGCGUCCAUCUACACAACUGCCAGCAGCAGGACACCAAGCAAGAGCCCAGAAUAUUUACCAUCAAGCAUAUUCACAUUCCAUGAUUCAUCUAUCAAUACAUUCAUCGAUGCUGACACUGAUGAGGAGGAGCACCUCCAUGACGGCUCUGGCACCAAUCCAUCUCAAAGACUCUUGGAAAACGCUAGCCCCAAGUUUAGCCAUCACGCAGGCUUCCAGCAAGGGUCCAACCACACAGGGGGCCUGCAGAGGAAGCUUGGGAACAGCACACUGCCAGCAGCAGUGCAAGAGAACCAUGUGGCUCAGGAACUACUGGCACUUCAGGGAGAGAAGAGUCACUAUAAAGCUUAAAGGUGCAAGUGAAGGACCUCAAGAGAAACAUUAACGGUAGUAGAAAACAGGAAGGGAAACAUAAAGGACAAUGGACGCAAAACUGAUCUUCCCAAAAAAUAUGAAAAGCACUGAAGACAUUUACAAAACAUAAGGUUCUCCCAUGAGGUACAAUUGUUGUGGACAUUGUGGAGGACUUUUUUUUUUGCUCUCCCACCAGGGACUCAUGAAUAAAUGAAUUUGCCAGAGGACUCUGAUCAAAGAUGUUUUAAAAUGGCAAAGGAUGCUAUUAAUACAUUUGUUUAAGCCCAGAUUACCACCCAAUAAUAAUAAUAGCCUAGUUGUAGAUAUAUAG